AUGACCACACCAAACCCAAUCCCCCUCCCAACCCUCUCAACCUUCACGCAAACCACCCUAAACAUCCCCUCCGCAACCCUAACCCGCCACCCCAAAAUCGAAGGCGACGAUCAUAUGAUCUUCACCAUCGCCGAAAGCCCUAACCACCUCCUCCGGGUAACAAAACCCCGAAAAGACCGGCCCCUGACCGGGACGCAAAUGCAAAAGUUCGAUAUCGCGGUUCGGGAACUCGUGGCUUCUGAAUACGUUUCUCGGGGGUUGGAUGGGGAUAUUAUACCUAGGGCUGUGGCACAUGAAGUUUUGUCUGGAGAUGGGGUUUAUGCUGUUUCGUUGGAGACUAUGUUAGAUGGGACGGGGUUGUGUCGGGGUGGGUUAGGGGAGUUUCUCAGUGAGAGGACUGUUGGGGGGUUGGUGGAGUUGAUGAGUGUGAUGAAGGGGGUUGAUAUCUCGGGAUUGGAGGGGAGGUUGAGGGAUUUGGGUGUUGGGUUUGAGGUUCCGUUUAUUCCGUGGCCUGAGAUUCGGGGGAUGAGGGAGAGGGCGGUUAUUGCGUGGAGGAGGUUGGUUAGUCGGGGGCAGAUUUUAGCUGGUGAUUUUGGGGUUACAGAUGGGGAUGAGUUCGAAGGAUUGGGUGAGAGGAAGACGGCGUUCAUAGAUCGGGUUAAGCGUCCCGAUGAAGGGGUCUCUCGGAAGGUGCUCAUUCAUAAUGAUAUCAAGGGGGAACAUAUUCUUGUGGAUUCUGAUGGGGGAAUUACUGGCAUAUUGGAUUGGGCGGAUGCCGGCGUUGGAUACCCGGCGACUGAUAUUGCGGGGUUGGUGUUGACUGUUGGGAUGCGGUUGGCUGUUAGGAUUGCGAGGGAGGUUGGGUAUAAUGAGGAUGAGGUCCUUCAGGGGUUGAUGCAAGCAAGAUGUGAGUGUGUUUUGAGGCUGGAUGAUCGGUUGAAUGGGGAUGAUGAGAUGACGCCGGUUGAUCUGUUGAAGGGGCAGCUUGUUUUGUCGAUGGAGGAUUGUGAACUUGUUGAUUAUAGAAUAGCUAGAGACUAUGAUAAUGUGGGUUUAAGACACGUUACAGAUUGA